AUGGCACGCUCGGAACUAUCCGAGCUUGAGGCUCUCGCUGCAACAUGCCUCGUCCAAGCAGGUGCCAUCACCCAAGCUACUAAGGCUUCCGCACUUUCGAACGGCCAUGCAACUUCGCCAUCUACGGAGGCUGAGUUGCGCAAUCUUCGCCUGUCCAUGCUAGAAUCUGUUCAAAGGCUCUUGCAGAUGGUCACGCCGCCAGAGUUCGUGUUGACGCAAGGCCUCUCAGGUAGUAUCAUGGACCUGACGGCGUUGAGGUAUAUCAAUCGCUUCUCGGUCGCCAAAGGUGUCCCAGCAGAAAGCACUAUAUCGUAUUCCGCAUUAGCAGGCAAGCUAGGCGUCGACGAGUCUCAACUCAAACGAGUCCUUCGAUACGCUAUGACAAAGGGUAUCUUCGCAGAAGACCGAGGAGCUGUUGCACAUACAACAACAUCUCGACUACUUCUGAAGGAAGGCAUCGCCACAUGGAGCAGGUAUUCUAGCGACAGAGGCUGGCCGAUCGCGAGCCGGUUUAACGAUGCCAUUGACAAAUGGGGUCAUGGUGCACAGGAACCGAACCAGACAGCGUUUAAUCUCUUCAAGGACACGACACUUUCGAUGUUUGACUACCACGAGCAGCACCCGGGGUUCGGUGCUGACUUCCACAACGUCAUGCAACAGUUCACCAAAACUGCACCCAUGUCGCACAAGCACAUCAAGGCUGCAUUCGAGUGGAGCAGUCUGUCUCACGCGAAGAUUGUCGAUGUUGGAGGCAGUCUCGGCCACGGCAGCAUUGCAAUUCUUGAAGAGAAUCCCACCCUCACUUGCAUCGUACAGGACCUUGCCAAGACUGUCGUGCAGGCCACCGACCCGGCGACUUCGAUCGUCCCCGCUUAUCUGGCAGAUCGCAUCUCCUUUCAAGAGCACAGCUUCUUCGACCCGCAACCAGUGUCAGCGGACGUUUACUUUUUGCGAAUGAUUUUCCACGAUUGGGCAGAUAAAUAUGCAAAGACGAUACUCCAGAACUUGCUGGUCGCCAUGAGACCGGGCGCGAGAAUUCUGAUCAUGGAUUAUGUGACUUUGCCCUUUGGCACGUUGGAUAUUGUUGAUGAGCGCCGUAUGAGAAUGCGCGACAUGCAGAUGAUGGUGAUGCACAACGCCCUGGAGCGUGACGAAGGUGAAUGGAGGAAGUUGCUCUUGGAAACUGAUGCACGGCUGAAGCUGGUCCAGAUUCGAAAGCCUGCUGGCAGUGCGCUGUCACUGCUGGAAGUUGUGCUGGAUGAUCGGAGGGAUUCUGUAUUGCAAGCAUAA